GCGAUCAUACUGAUUGGUACAUUUGGUACCUGAUGACGCGAAGGCCGAAGAAACGACGCGAAAGCCGAAAUAGCGAAGGUAAAAGAAAGCCUGAAAGCCCGAGGCAGCGACGCGCGGCGUAUACCAGCGUAUACUUUGGAUAUCUACCAAUAUCUACUCUUGAAAGAGAUAGCCGAGAGGUGACGCAAGAGAGAGAGGGUAGUCGAAAAAGCUGUCGGAGGACUGUCAGGAGUAGAUCGAAAAGUCCGAUUUGUUCGUCACGCUCGUCCGUGGUACGCAAGUCGAUUUCUGAUAAAAUCUUCGUGGGAUACGUGAUCGUACCGAUGAGCGACAUUUUUUUAAACACAUGGGGGCCAGAGGUGAUGCUGCCCGAGCAGAUCGCCGCUCGUGCCAGUGUUGCGUGCUCUAAUGUAAACAUGACGUCGAUAGAUUCGGGAGUGGAGACCGGGAACGAUUCGAAUGACAGCUCGACCGCUCAGCAAGAGAGCCAGCAGCUCCGGCAAGGCUUCGGCCAGGUCAUGCUCAGCAGCACCAUGUCACCUGACGAUCCCAGCGAAUUUCCAAUAUUGAACACUUGCGAGGAAUGGUCCGAUUUCAUACGUCAGCGCAGCUCGUCCGAAGUCCUUUCUAUGAUAUUGCUGAAGACGCUGAAGAAGGGGCCAGAAGUCGAAGCCAACAUUGCCAGAAAGAAACAAACGCUACAGGAGAAGAUAGAGGAGAAGAAUAAGGAGUUGUUGAGACGCCACUCUCGUAUGGCUCUCCACUACCGUAAGUUAAACGAACCUAUCAACCGGCGCAAAGGCAUGACCCAUCCCUCUCCCUUGUUUGAAUGUCGAAAUGAACGUAUUCACCAAAGGAUGUGGACGGCUGCUUUCACAAAUAAUAUUACUCUGAUGAAGAGGCUUUUGGACUUUGACGUAUCACCUAAUCAUCAGGAUGAACAUGGGCGAACUCCUCUUCAUAUUUCAGCUUGCAGGGGUUAUACAGAAAUGGUGCGUUUAUUAUUGAAAAAGGGUGCAAACCCAAAUCAGCGUGACUGUAUUGGAAACACGCCGCUGCAUCUAGCUACGGUUAACAACAAAUUGUCGGUAGUGAUGCUACUCUUAACAGCUGGUACUGACGUUCUCGCAUUAGACUCGUAUGGCUACAAUCCACUGCAAUUAGCGAAAACGAGAUUAAGGAUGUUACAACGAAACAGUAACAAUGAGGAUAUGCUUAAGGUCAAGGAGGAGAUGCAUAAUAUAAUUAAUAUGUUAAUGGCGUAUCUGCAAAAACAGGCGAAUAUGCGAGAACAAGAUAUAGAAACAUUGAGCAAUUUUUGCUCGCGUCUUUCCUUAUCUAAUACCUCGGAUCAGGUUCAGGAUGACGUUAAAAAUUUACUGGCAAAUAUAAAUGCUCUCAGUAUAACUGGUUAAUUAUGAUGAAUAAAAUACGUCAUUGUAAUAUUAUACACUUUGUCUGCAAAUUUAGUAGACACAUUUUUUAUAAAAAAUUAAAAAAUGUGUCUAUCUAUGUUAUGUUUUUUGUGCGUCCAUCCAAAUAAUUAUACUGCAUUUAAUUUGAAAAUGUUAUCUAUACCGCAAAGAAUUACUUUUUUAUCGUGAUACAUUUUUUAUAAAAAAUCAUUUUAGUUAUUGCUAAAACCUGUUUUAUUUUUAUGUAUGUUCUAGCAACUUGAAAUACGUGAAGCUAUACAUGAGAUAGUUAGACUUUUUUUUCUGUCGUUUUCUGCAGAUUUAUCCUUUAAUUAUCACGUACAAUUAAUAGAGUGGGAAAAAUUGUUAUACAGCUCGUAUUUUUGUAUAAUUGUAUUUUGUAAUUGCUUUUAUACAAAAUUAAGUCAGAAAAUUAAAAAAAUAUUAGAAAUUAUUCAUAACCUCAAACAUUUAAAUAAAUAUUAGUACGCUAAUAUUACACUUAAUACUUCUCGAUUAAAAUUCAUUGAUCUUUGAACACAUGACAAAUAAUUCCAGCAAGAGAGAAAGAGAGAUUCUGUACAUAGAAUUGUCCUGUGCAAUAAAUUUUAGUUAACAUUUCUUUAUGUACUUGUGAAGGACAAUUAAUAACACAAUUUGAAUGAUAUAUAUCUAUAGUUAUGCAGGAUAUUUACGAAAUACUACUCAUUUUUUACUAUGGUUUUGUAUAAACUUUUUUCUUUAUUUUGAUGUGAGGAAUACGCCUUAGAAGUUUGUCCAAGUAUUUCGUAAACACCCUGUAUAGUUAAGACUUCCAAUAUUAAAGCAUAGAAAUAAAAUUUUUGCGACAGACUAAAUGAAAAUAAUAAACAAAGUUUCGAUCAUUUUUUUGUGUAUCUGUAGUGGCCGAUAGUCUUUAUAGGAAAAUGUAAAUAGUUUUCAUAAUCAUUUUACAAAUACCGUACAUAGUCCAUUCUUAGUAACGUAAUUUUGUUAAAUGUAAGAAAAUAAAAGAGAUAUAAAUAAAACGCCUCUACGCAUAUUAAAA